GGUGAAUUGAUUGGGCUCUGGACUUUGAUCGUCGAUAUUUUGUUUUACCAGUUCUCGCGAGUCAUUGGCGCUUGGCUUAACGAAUUAAACUCCAGCUACGUAGUGUGCAGUAUUCAACCAUGCAGUACCUACCCGACAAGGACUAUGACCUUCCCAGGCUCGAUUUACUCACCCUCUUAUUCGAGUCUCCCCAAUCCUUAACAACAGAGUCGACCAUCCUCCACGCAGAGGCUGCGGACCCAACAAACAAUAUCACCAAGGCUCAGACGCGAACGAUCAUCAAGCGUCUCGCCCAUGUUUUACGCUCUGAGUUCGGGGUCGGUUCAAAUGGGCCAGGUAAAGAUGCUGUUCUUUGUAUCUCAUCGAAUCAGAUUCUCCUCCCAGCUGUUUUCUACGCAAUAAUUGGCGCCGGGGGUGUAUAUGCUGCAGCAUCAACGGCGUUGACUACGCCAGAGGUAUCAAAACAACUCCGACAAUCCAAAAGCCAGGUUGUUGUUACGUGUCAGGAAAAUAAGACAAAGGCGCUGGAAGCUGCAAGGGAAUGCGGCAUCCCCCUAAACAGGGUGUUGGUGCUCGAGAGCAUGGGUCACCGGCGGACACUUUGUGACACAGCUCAUCCCGAAAGGAAUUACCUACACAGCAGCGUUGAGCUAGAAUGGGAUCGAAUCACAGAUAUUCAGGCACUGGAAAAUACCACCAUUUGCCUGCUGUAUUCCAGCGGCACGACGGGACCAGCCAAAGGAGUAAUGUUGUCUCAUAUGAAUCUUGUUUCCGAGGCUCUGUUCACUCAGUUGGUCCUGCGGGACUCUAGGCGAGGAAAGCCACAUUUGAAUGUCCCCUAUCGGACUGUCGGUCAUCUUCCAACGGCUCAUAUUGCGGGAUGUUUGGGAUAUUUCGUCACACCGGCGAUUGCUGGAGGGACGGUGUAUUGGAUGCCCAAAUUCAACAUCGAUGAAUUCAUCGACUACUGCAAGAAGUACCAAGUAACUUUCUUGGCAACUGCACCUCCAGUAUACCAUGCAGUUGUACGAAGUAACCGCGUGACUGAUCAAUUCAAAACACUUAUCCGGGCGGAAUCGGGUGCAGCCCCUCUAAGCCUUGAGCUCCAGGACCAAGCAGAAAAGAAGCUGGAAUGCAGUAUCAGUCAGCGUUGGGGGAUGACGGAAUCAACUGGCAGUGUGACAACGAUGCCUUGGGGUCAGUCCGAUAAUACUGGGAGUAUUGGCCCAUUGCUACCCAACACAAGAUUACGACUUGUGGACGAACAAAUGAGAGACGUUGGACGUGAAGAGGAGGGUGAAAUUCUGCUGAAGGGGCCGAUGAUCACGAAAGGAUAUUUCGAAAAUCCGGAGGCAACAGCAGAUUCCUUCACGCCGGAUGGCUGGUAUAAAACCGGAGAUAUUGGCGUCUAUAAAGACCGGAAGGUCAUCAUGGUUGAUCGGAAGAAGGAACUCAUCAAGUACAAAGGACUGCAGGUUUCUCCUGUCGAAGUAGAGGGGCUUCUGCUCACGCAUGACAGCGUUGGAGAUGUCGCUGUUAUCGGUGCACCUGACCCAGAAGCGCCAGGUAAUGAGCUUCCUCGAGCAUAUGUUGUGCUCAAGGCUGGCAAGCGGGUGUCCGAGGCCGAGCUGAAGGAGUACGUCAAGUCCAACAUCGCACGCCAUAAGCAACUCCGAGGCGGAGUUGUAUUUAUCGACGAGAUACCCAAGAGCGCAUCAGGCAAAAUUCUUCGGAGAAUCUUGAGGGACCAGGCACGAAGCUCAACAGCACGACAAGCCAAGCUAUAGAUGCGCUGUGGGUCUAGGCUGAGAAAUAGAAACCGUAUAGAAUAAUGACGCAUUGAC